AUGGCGUUUCAGUCGCAUUGUUUUAGUCUCUGGUUCUUUGUGAUGUUAAUCUUUACCGGGUCGUGCUCUGCACAAUUAUCAUCGAACUACUAUGCGAAGACAUGCCCGAGAGCUCUCUCUGUCAUCAGAGCUGCAGUACACAGUGCAGUAGCCAAGGAGUCUCGCAUGGGAGCUUCUUUGCUCCGUCUCCAUUUCCAUGACUGUUUUGUUAAUGGUUGUGAUGCUUCUGUACUGCUUGAUGAUGAUGACUCUUCCAAUUUCACCGGGGAGAAGAGUGCAGGCCCUAAUGCAAAUUCCCUAAGAGGUUUCGAAGUGAUCGAUGCUAUCAAAACUCAAGUAGAGAGCAUCUGCCCUGGUGUUGUUUCUUGUGCUGAUAUUCUCGCCGUCACUGCCCGGGAUUCUGUCGUUGCACUAGGCGGGCCAUCUUGGACUGUUCAAUUAGGCAGAAGAGACUCGACCACAGCAAGUUUCAGCAAUGCGAAUACAGACCUUGCUUCCCCACUGAUGAACCUCGACGAACUUAUAUCAUUAUUCUCCAACAAAGGGUUCACUGCAAAAGAAAUGGUUGCUCUCUCAGGAGCUCAUACCACAGGCCAAGCCAGGUGUUUACUGUUUCGAAACCGAAUCUACAAUGAGACCAACAUAGAUUCAGCGUUUGCGAAAUCAGUUCAAUCAAACUGUCCGAGCGCAGGCGGCGGUGACAACCUCUCUGCGCUGGAUGUUACUUCCCCAGUAGUAUUCGACAAUGCUUAUUUCAAGAACUUGGUUAACAACAAGGGCCUGCUUCAUUCAGACCAACAGCUCUUCAACGGGGGCUCCGUGGACUCUCAGGUCACUACGUACAGCAACAACCCCAUCACCUUUUACGCGGAUUUUGGUGAUGCUAUGGUGAAAAUGGGGAACCUUAGCCCGUUGACAGGAACCAAUGGGGAAAUUCGCACUAAUUGCAGGAAGGUGAACUGAUCAAAAAAGCACGUUGGGCAUUUGUAUCAGCUUCUUCUUCUCCUCCUACGAAUUUCAGCUUAUAGCUAUUACUACUAGAUAAUUGUGGGUUGUGAUUUUUUUCUUUUUCUUUUCACUUUUUUAAGUGUAUAUCACAAAGACUAUAUCACCAAACUGCCUUUGGUUCGAUCUCAAACAUUAUCAGACAAAUAUUAAUAAAUUAAUCUU